GCCAGAACUACUCUACUCCCCACCCCACCCAGUCAACCCCGCCCUUCCUCGCCUCAAAGCACUGAAACGAACUCACCCUAUCAUUCGGCCUCUCCUUACUACCAAUAAGACUAACAUCCUGCGUCUUGGCAUUCAAGUCGAAAAUAGCAUGCAUCGUCGCAAAGCUCCACUUCUUCUUCUCGCAGUUAUGUUCACUGUAUGCAAACAAGCCAUCAGCACACUCAUCCUCUCUGGAAAUACGCAGGAACUUAUUCAGUUACGGUGCCCAUGCUACGGCAUCAGAGCAGUACUCACAUAUAAAACCGACACGUCGUCCCCUUGCUCACCCUCACUGCGCUGGCCUUAUCGUUCAGCCACGCGUUAUCCCCGCUCAGAUCGACGCAUUUCAAUACGUCGAAGCCGUGGCAUUUCCUGUAGUAGUUGUCUUCGCAGAUGUCGACGCGGCCGAUGGGGCCGGUGGCCCAGGUAUCUUUUCUUUGAUGUCGCGGCGCUUCGUCAGGCUGAUGGGGGCGUUGGCGAUGCGGAUGCGGACGGCCAGGGGGCGUGAUGGGGUAUUUGCGGGUUUAGGAGUUCGGGGCCGAGGGGUCGGGCUGGGGAGCUCGUCGCGGAGAUGAUGAGGAGGGUGCAGAGAAAUACUGAGAGGUGCAUUGUAAUCCGUAUAAGUGACUGUAUGUGUGGAGAAGAUGUUGUGGUUA